AUGGAUUAUAAGCGUAAAUGGUAUUUACCUAUAUUUUCGGCUAGAAACCCCAACAAGCCAAAAAAGACAAGAUUGGCAUGGGAUGCUGCUGCGGUCUACAAAGGAUUUUCUCUAAACGGAUGCCUGGAGAAAGGACCUGAUUUAUUAAGACCGCUCACGAAUAUCAUUUACAAUUUUCGCAUCGUUAAGAUCGGCAUCUGUGCGGAUAUCUAUGAAAUGUUUCACAGAGUCAGUGUAAACGAGGAGGAUCACCAUGCGCAAAGAUUCCUUUGGCGUGAUUGCGAUGACUCUGGAGCGCCAGAUGCCGAUGCGUACCACCACGAUAUCAUUAAUCUGCAAAAAGACCCUCGAUGCAUAUUGCCGAAUUCUAGUUCGCUAAGAAAGCUAUCACCAUUUCUCGAAGAUGACGAAAUAGUUCGUUUGCGCAGCCGCUUGGAAAGGGCUCCCAUAGAAGAUGCGGCAAAAAAACCAGUCAUUUUGCCAAAAACUCACAAGAUCACACAGCUUAUAAUUGAUUGGUACCACCGAAAAUACCAGCAUGUCCACCAUGACAUGGUGCUCAAUGAAAUAUUUCAGCGAUUUUACAUCCCGAGCUUACGUCGAACUCUGCGAUCUGUACGCCUAAACUGUAUGUCCUGCAAGUUGCGCAACGCAAACCCGCAUCCGACUGAAAUGGGACCACUACCUGUAGGACGCUUGGCGCCAUAUACGAGACCAUUUACUUACUUGGGUAUUGAUUUCUUCGGCCCGGUCUUCGUGACAAUUGGAAGGCGCACAGAAAAAAGAUACGGCGUGUUAUUUACCUGUAUGACCUGCCACGCCAUCCACAUCGAAGUGGCACACUCACUCAGCAUGAACUCCUGUGUAAUGGUGAUACGAAAUUUCAUUUCCAGAAGAGGUCAACCCAUAGAAAUAUUCAGCGACAAUGGUACUAACCUGGUUGCAGCUGAGAAGGAGUUACGUAAAGCCUACGCAGAAUUGAAUUUCGAUGCUCUACAGGCGAAACUAACAACCGCGGAAUGCAAAUGGACUUUUAUUCCACCAGAAAGUCCUCAUAUGGGCGGCGCCUGGGAGCGAUUGAUACGCUCCGUAAAGAACGUAAUGUACCACAUCGUUACACCGGACACCAAGCUAACAGACGAGAAACUACAUAAUCUGCUUUUAGAAGUGGAAAGUAUUGUCAACGGUCGUCCGCUUACUUACUUAUCGUUGGACGCAGCCGACCAAGAAGCUUUAACGCCCAAUCAUUUUUUGCUGGGUAGCUCCUCUGGCAGCAAACCACCAAGCAAAUUCUGCUCAACAGACAAAUAUGUUAAAGGUUCCUGGCGCCACUCACAGUACCUAGCUGACAUGUUUUGGAAACGAUGGGUAGCCGAAGUGCUUCCAACUCUAACCAGAAGGUCAAAAUGGUUCGACCAUACACAACCAAUCGAAAAGGAUGACGUGGUAAUCAUCAUAGACCCUAAUCUUCCUCGACACGCUUGGCCAAAGGGUAUUGUAACCAACGUUUAUACCUCCAAAGAGGGCCAAAACGAGAGUCGACCCACUGACCUCUUACCUGCAGUUAAGCCUUUGAUGGCAAUAGGCUAUGAGUGA